AUGUAAGCAUACGCUACAAGGUGUUUUCAGGAAGGACAUAUCGUACCUGAUCUUGUUACUGAGCUUACGGAUGUAAUCUCGACUGCCGAAAAAAUUACUAUUAUUCAAUCCAACUCAGAAAACGCUCCAGAAACUGCAGUGGACAUAGAACCGCUAGAAUCUACUGAAGAAGAUGUCCACUAUGUCACAUGUCAACCUUUCGAGCAUGCUGAGGUUGUGCUAAUUGCCGACACUCGAGAAGAUCAUCCUGGUAGGCGAAGGAAUACCGUUGUCGACUGCCUUACUGCCUCCAAUUACAGGGUGGAACUGCGCUCACUUUCUGUUGGUGACUAUCUUUGGGUUCUACGUAAGAUAGACGGCACGGAAUUGGUGCUAGACUGGGUGGUGGAAAGGAAAACUUGGGAUGAUUUGCAACAAAGCAUAAGAAUGGCCCUUGCAACGACUAUGAUAAGACAUGGCUUCAUGAUUCAAAAGACAAAAUCACCGAAAGAAACAGCACAGUUUCUAUGUCGUGUCACUGAACAUCUCAAGGCUACUAUUCCCACGCGUCAGGUCCGUUGUUUCUAUCAAACAGAUACUAAAAUUAUAAUCAUUCAUAUUGCGAUUACUUACAUUGUUGUGUGCAAUCAAUAAAC